AUGGCCACAAUAGCUCAAAGUAAUGUAUCUUUGCACUGCGGGAGGCAAUUUAAAAAGGCACAUGGUUGCAGACAAGCUUAUUUCGUAUCUGGUGUAGCUUCCCCUAGAUGCAUGCAGAAAAAUUUGUCAUGGUCAUGUGGUGUAUCCAAGGCCUUUGAAAUUAGCAGUAGCCGUAAUCUUCAGUUAUACAUAAACCACAAUUGCAAAAACUAUAGAAGAGCAAUCCUAUCAGGCAUUAGAAAUGGGUCCACCAAGUACUUUGAUUUUGCGGUUAUUGGAAGUGGAGUUGCUGGCCUUCGAUAUGCUCUUGAAGUUGCAAGACAUGGUACAGUGGCGGUUAUAACUAAGGCUGAACCGCAUGAGAGCAACACGAAUUAUGCACAGGGUGGUGUCAGUGCAGUGCUGUGUCCUUCUGAUUCAGUGGAGAGUCAUAUGCAUGAUACAAUUGUAGCUGGUGCUUACCUUUGUGAUGAGGAAACUGUUAGAGUGGUUUGUACUGAGGGACCUGACAGAAUCAGAGAACUAAUUGCCAUGGGAGCUUCAUUUGAUCAUGGAGAAGAUGGGAAUUUGCACCUCGCAAGGGAAGGUGGUCACUCCCAUCGUAGGAUUGUUCAUGCUGCUGAUAUGACUGGGAGGGAGAUAGAGAGAGCUCUACUGGAGGCAGUUCGCAAAGAUCCUAAUAUCUAUAUGUUUGAACAUCAUUUUGCAAUAGAUUUGUUGACUUCACAGGAUGGUUCCGAGGCUGUUUGUCAUGGUGUUGACACUUUAAAUACAGAAACCCUGGAGGUUGUUAGAUUUAUCUCUAAAGUGGUAUUGCUUGCUUCUGGCGGAGCGGGACAUAUUUAUCCGAGUACUACUAAUCCUCCGGUAGCCACUGGUGAUGGGAUUGCUAUGGCCCAUCGAGCUCAAGCUGUAAUUUCCAAUAUGGAAUUUGUUCAGUUUCAUCCAACGUCAUUAGCUGAUGAUGGCCUUCCAAUUAGACCAAACAAGGCCCGAGAGAAUGCCUUUUUAAUAACUGAAGCUGUCAGGGGCGAUGGUGGCAUUCUAUACAAUUUGGACAUGGAAAGAUUUAUGCCUUUCUAUGACGACCGGGCAGAGCUUGCUCCAAGGGAUGUUGUGGCAAGAAGUAUCGAUGAUCAGCUCAAGAAGCAUAACGAGAAGUAUGUGCUUCUUGAUAUCAGUCACCAACCCAGCGAAAAGAUUUUAUCUCACUUUCCCAACAUAGCUGCCGAGUGCCUCCAAUACGGCUUAGACAUUACCCAGCAACCAAUCCCAGUUGUCCCUGCAGCACAUUACAUGUGUGGUGGAGUUCGUGCUGGCCUUCAGGGAGAGACCAACGUUAGAGGUCUUUAUGUUGCUGGUGAAGUGGCAUGUACUGGUUUACAUGGAGCCAAUCGUCUGGCCAGCAACUCUUUGCUUGAGGCGCUAGUUUUCGCACGAAGAGCUGUGCAGCCCUCAGUUGAUCACAUGAAGAUGUCUGUUAAAGGUCGCAGCGCCUUGGAGGGUUGGGCUAAGCCCAUUGUUCCAAGAGCACUUGGGAAUGCUGUAUUAAGCAAUAUAAAUCGCAGGACGAGAGAAGUAAGGAAAGAACUGCAAUCAAUCAUGUGGGAGUAUGUCGGCAUCGUGCGUUCGACAACCAGACUGCAAACAGCCGAAAUGAAAAUCGGGGAGUUGGAGUUGGAAUGGGAAGCAUUCUUGUUUCAAAAUGGUUGGGAACCAACAAUGGUCGGGCUCGAGGCUUGUGAGAUGAGAAACCUCUUCUGUUGUGCCAAGCUGGUGGUGAGUAGUGCACUAGCCAGGCGGGAAAGCCGUGGCCUUCACUACACCAUUGAUUUUCCGCACGUAGAGGAAAGCAAGAGAUUGCCGACCAUUAUUUUUCCUGGGUCUCCUCUUAGUAGCACUUGGAGCUCCCGGCAGUUACAGAGACAGCCAGUAUGUCCAAAGUAUUGA